AAUAAAAUAUACAGGAUGAAAAGAUGGCAACGUUGCCUCCCCCAGGACCUCAGAGUUUUGUCUACUUCACAAGACAGUCUCUUGCCCUCAUUGAACAACGUAUUGCUGAAGGAAAAACAAAGGAACCCAAAGAGGAAAAGAAAGAUGAUGAUGAAGAAGGCCCAAGGCCAAGCAGUGACCUGGAAGCUGGCAAACAGCUGCCCUUCAUCUACGGGGACAUCCCACCAGGCAUGGUGUCAGAGCCCCUGGAGGACCUCGACCCCUACUAUGCAGACAAAAAGACUUUCAUCGUGUUGAACAAAGGGAAAGCAAUCUUCCGUUUCAAUGCCACACCUGCUUUGUACAUGCUGUCUCCUUUCAGUCCCCUAAGAAGAAUAUCAAUUAAGAUUUUAGUACACUCUUUAUUCAGCAUGCUCAUCAUGUGCACUAUUCUGACGAACUGCAUAUUUAUGACCAUGAGUAACCCUCCAGACUGGACCAAGAAUGUAGAGUACACUUUUACUGGAAUAUAUACUUUUGAAUCACUUGUAAAAAUCCUUGCAAGAGGCUUCUGUGUAGGAGAAUUCACUUUCCUUCGUGACCCAUGGAACUGGCUUGAUUUUGUCGUCAUUGUUUUUGCAUAUGUGACAGAGUUUGUGGACCUGGGCAAUGUCUCAGCGCUGAGAACAUUCAGAGUUCUCCGAGCACUGAAAACAAUUUCAGUCAUUCCAGGCCUGAAGACCAUUGUGGGAGCUCUGAUCCAGUCUGUGAAGAAGCUCUCUGAUGUCAUGAUCCUGACCGUGUUCUGUCUGAGCGUGUUUGCACUGAUUGGGCUGCAGCUGUUCAUGGGCAACCUGAAGCAUAAAUGUCUGCGGGAUCCGCUGGAAAAUAAUGAAACAUUAGCAAGCAUCCUGGAUACCCUUGAAGAAGAAGACUAUAAAAGCAGGAUUGUAGAUGCAAAAUAUUUUUAUUACUUGGAGGGAUCCAAAGAUGCUCUCCUUUGUGGUACAAGCACAGAUUCAGGUCAGUGUCCAGAAGGGUACAAGUGUGUGAAAGCUGGUAGAAACCCUGAUUAUGGCUACACAAGCUUUGACACUUUCAGUUGGGCCUUCUUGGCCUUAUUUCGGCUAAUGACCCAGGAUUACUGGGAAAAUCUUUACCAACAGACACUGCGUGCUGCUGGGAAAACUUACAUGAUCUUCUUUGUUGUGGUGAUUUUUCUGGGAUCCUUUUAUCUAAUAAACUUGAUCCUUGCUGUGGUUGCCAUGGCCUAUGAGGAACAGAACCAGGCAAACAUCGAAGAAGCAAGGCAAAAGGAGUUAGAAUUUCAACAGAUGUUAGAUCGUCUUAAAAAAGAGCAAGAAGAAGCUGAGGCAAUCGCAAUGGCAGCAGCUGAGUACACAAGUAUUGGGAGAAGCAGAAUUAUGGGCUUCUCUGAGAGUUCUUCUGAAACAUCCAAACUGAGCUCUAAAAGUGCUAAAGAAAGAAGAAACAGAAGAAGGAAAAAGAACCAAAAGAAGCUCGCCAGUGGGGAAGAAAAGGGAGACAAUGAGAAAUUGUCCAAAUCGGAGUCUGAGGAGAGUAUCAGGAGAAAAAGCUUCCACCUUGGGGUUGAAGGUCAUAGGCGAGCACGUGAAAAGAGACUGUCUACCCCUAAUCAGUCACCACUCAGCAUCCGAGGCUCCUUGUUUUCUGCAAGGCGCAGCAGCAGAACGAGUCUUUUUAGUUUCAAAGGCCGAGGGAAAGACAUUGGAUCUGAGACUGAGUUUGCCGACGACGAGCAUAGCAUUUUCGGGGAUGGUGAGAGCAGGAGGGGCUCACUGUUUGUGCCCCACAGACCUCGGGAGCGGCGCAGCAGUAACAUCAGCCAAGCCAGUAGGUCCCCCCCAGUGCUGCCAGUGAAUGGGAAGAUGCACAGUGCCGUGGACUGCAAUGGUGUGGUCUCCCUGGUUGAUGGACCCUCAGCCCUCAUGCUCCCCAAUGGACAGCUUCUGCCAGAGGUGAUAAUAGAUAAGGCAACUUCUGAUGACAGCGGUACAACCAACCAAAUACACAAGAAAAGACGUUCCAGUUCUUAUCUCCUUUCUGAAGAUAUGUUGAAUGAUCCCCAUCUAAGACAAAGAGCAAUGAGUAGAGUAAGCAUAUUAACAAACACUGUAGAAGAACUUGAAGAAUCCAGACAGAAAUGUCCACCUUGGUGGUACAGAUUUGCACACACAUUCUUGAUCUGGAAUUGUUCUCCAUAUUGGAUAAAAUUCAAAAAGCUUGUCUAUUUUAUUGUAAUGGAUCCUUUUGUAGAUCUUGCUAUUACCAUUUGCAUAGUUUUAAACACAUUGUUUAUGGCUAUGGAGCAUCACCCCAUGACUGAUGAAUUCAAAAACGUACUCACUGUAGGAAAUUUGGUCUUCACUGGGAUCUUUGCAGCUGAAAUGGUUUUAAAACUUAUUGCCAUGGAUCCAUAUGAGUAUUUCCAAGUAGGAUGGAAUAUUUUUGACAGCCUUAUUGUGACUUUAAGUUUAGUAGAGCUUUUUCUAGCAGAUGUGGAAGGACUGUCAGUUCUGCGAUCAUUCAGACUGCUUCGAGUGUUCAAACUGGCAAAAUCUUGGCCAACACUGAAUAUGCUGAUAAAGAUCAUUGGCAACUCAGUGGGUGCUCUGGGUAACCUCACCUUGGUGUUGGCCAUCAUCGUCUUCAUUUUUGCUGUGGUUGGCAUGCAGCUCUUUGGUAAAAGCUACAAAGAAUGUGUCUGCAAGAUCAAUGAAGACUGUACACUCCCACGGUGGCACAUGAAUGAUUUCUUCCACUCCUUCCUGAUUGUCUUCCGCGUGCUAUGUGGAGAGUGGAUAGAAACCAUGUGGGACUGUAUGGAGGUCGCUGGUCAAGCCAUGUGCCUUAUAGUCUACAUGAUGGUCAUGGUCAUUGGAAACCUAGUGGUCCUCAACCUAUUUCUGGCUUUAUUAUUGAGCUCAUUUAGCUCAGACAAUCUUACAGCAAUUGAAGAAGACACCGAUGCAAAUAACCUCCAGAUUGCAGUUGCCAGAAUUAGGAAGGGAGUAAAUUAUGUGAAACAAACCUUACGUGAAUUUAUUCUAAAAGCAUUCUCCAAAAAGCCGAAGAUUCCCAAAGACCCAGGAAGAGCAGAAGAUCUGAAUAGUAAGAAAGAAAACUAUAUCUCUAACCGCACGCUUGCCGAAAUGAGCAAAGAUCACAAUUUCCACAAAGAAAAAGAUAAAAUCAGUGGUUUGGGAAGCAGUGUGGACAAAUACUUAAUGGAAGAAAGUGAGUGUCAAUCAUUUAUUCAUAACCCCAGCCUCACAGUGACAGUGCCGAUUGCACCUGGGGAAUCUGAUUUGGAAAAUAUGAAUACUGAGGAACUCAGCAGUGAUUCAGAUAGUGAAUACAGCAAAGGGAGAUUGAACCGGUCGAGUUCCUCUGAGUGCAGCACAGUUGAUAACCCUCUGCCAGGAGAAGGAGAAGAAGCAGAGGCUGAACCUAUAAAUUCAGAUGAGCCAGAGGCCUGUUUUACAGAUGGUUGCGUGCAGAGAUUCCCAUGCUGCCAAGUUGACGUAGAGUCAGGGAAAGGAAAAAUCUGGUGGAACAUCAGGAAAACCUGCUACAGAAUAGUUGAACACAGUUGGUUUGAAAGCUUUAUUGUUCUCAUGAUCCUGCUCAGCAGUGGCGCUCUGGCUUUUGAAGAUAUAUAUAUUGAAAAGAAAAAGACCAUUAAGAUUAUCCUCGAGUAUGCUGACAAGAUAUUCACUUACAUCUUCAUUCUGGAAAUGCUUCUAAAAUGGGUAGCAUAUGGUUAUAAAACGUAUUUCACCAAUGCCUGGUGUUGGCUGGAUUUCUUAAUUGUUGAUGUUUCUUUGGUUACUUUAGUCGCAAACACUCUCGGCUACUCAGACCUUGGCCCCAUUAAAUCCCUUCGGACACUUAGAGCUUUAAGACCUCUAAGAGCUUUAUCUAGAUUUGAAGGAAUGAGGGUGGUCGUGAAUGCACUCAUAGGUGCAAUUCCUUCCAUCAUGAAUGUGCUACUUGUGUGUCUUAUAUUCUGGCUAAUAUUUAGCAUCAUGGGAGUAAAUUUGUUUGCUGGGAAGUUCUAUGAGUGUGUUAAUACCACAGAUGGGUCACGUUUUCCAACAAGUCUAGUUAAAAAUCGUUCCGACUGUUCUGCACUGAUGAACAUUAGUCAAAAUGUGCGGUGGAAAAACCUGAAGGUGAACUUUGAUAAUGUUGGACUUGGUUACCUGUCUCUGCUUCAAGUUGCAACAUUUAAGGGAUGGAUGGAUAUUAUGUAUGCAGCUGUUGAUUCUGUUAAUGUAGACAAGCAGCCCAUCUAUGAAUACAGCCUCUACAUGUAUAUUUAUUUUGUCAUCUUUAUCAUCUUUGGAUCAUUCUUCACUUUGAACUUAUUCAUUGGUGUCAUCAUAGAUAAUUUCAACCAACAGAAAAAAAAGCUUGGAGGUCAAGACAUCUUUAUGACAGAAGAACAGAAGAAAUAUUAUAAUGCGAUGAAAAAGCUGGGAUCUAAGAAACCACAAAAGCCAAUACCUCGGCCAGGGAACAAAUUCCAAGGAUGUAUAUUUGACCUAGUAACAAACCAAGUGUUUGAUAUCACCAUCAUGGUUCUUAUCUGCCUCAACAUGGUAACGAUGAUGGUAGAAAAAGAGGGACAAAGUGACUACAUGACUGAUGUUUUAUAUUGGAUAAAUGUGGUUUUUAUUAUCCUUUUCACUGGAGAAUGUGUGCUGAAACUGAUCUCCCUCAGACAUUACUACUUCACUGUAGGAUGGAACAUUUUUGAUUUUGUGGUUGUGAUUCUCUCCAUUGUAGGUAUGUUUCUGGCUGAGCUGAUAGAAAAAUACUUCGUGUCCCCUACCCUGUUCCGAGUGAUCCGUCUCGCCAGGAUUGGUCGAAUCUUGCGUCUGAUCAAAGGGGCGAAGGGGAUCCGCACGCUGCUCUUUGCUCUGAUGAUGUCCCUUCCCGCCUUGUUUAACAUCGGCCUCCUGCUCUUCCUGGUCAUGUUCAUCUACGCCAUCUUUGGAAUGUCCAACUUUGCUUAUGUUAAAAAGGAAGCUGGAAUUAAUGACAUGUUCAACUUUGAGACCUUUGGCAACAGCAUGAUCUGCCUGUUCCAAAUCACCACCUCUGCUGGCUGGGAUGGAUUGCUAGCGCCUAUUCUCAACAGUGCACCCCCUGAUUGUGACCCCAAAAAAGUUCAUCCUGGAAGUUCAGUUGAAGGAGACUGUGGUAGCCCAUCUGUUGGGAUAUUCUAUUUCGUCAGUUACAUCAUCAUAUCAUUUCUAGUUGUGGUGAACAUGUACAUCGCUGUCAUCCUGGAGAACUUCAGUGUCGCUACUGAGGAAAGUACUGAGCCCCUGAGUGAGGAUGACUUUGAGAUGUUCUAUGAGGUUUGGGAGAAGUUUGAUCCUGAUGCCACCCAGUUUAUAGAGUAUAGCAAACUCUCUGAUUUUGCAGCUGCCCUAGAUCCUCCUCUCCUCAUAGCAAAACCAAACAAAGUUCAGCUCAUUGCCAUGGACCUGCCCAUGGUCAGUGGGGACCGGAUCCAUUGUCUUGACAUCUUAUUUGCUUUUACAAAGCGUGUUCUGGGUGAAAGCGGAGAGAUGGACUCUCUACGUUCACAGAUGGAAGAAAGGUUCAUGUCAGCAAAUCCUUCCAAAGUGUCCUAUGAACCCAUAACAACUACACUAAAACGAAAACAAGAGGAUGUGUCUGCUACUGUCAUUCAGCGUGCUUACAGACGUUACCGCUUACGGCAAAAUGUCAAAAAUAUAUCAAGUAUAUACAUAAAAGAUGGAAACCGAGAUGAUGAUUUGCCCAAUAAAGAAGAUAAGGUUUUUGAUAACGUUAAUGAGAACUCAAGUCCAGAAAAAACAGAUGCAACCCCAUCCACUGUCUCUCCACCUUCAUAUGAUAGUGUAACAAAGCCAGACAAAGAGAAAUAUGAAAAAGACAAAACAGAAAAAGAAGACAAAGGGAAAGAUGGCAAAGAAAGCAAAAAAUAGAGCUUCGUUUUUGAUAUAUUGUUUACAGCCUGUGAAGGUGAUAAAUUUGUGUUAAUAAGACUCUUUUAAGGACGUCUAUGCCAAAACUUUUCAUCAAAAUAGUCUCAAAGUCAUUGCCGUGAUUAGCUCAGAUUCCCUAAAAUAGGUGGCCAGCAUUAGCAGAUGGCUGUGUUUGCACUGGUAGAUGAUUCUGUAAGAAUUGUAAGAAUAUUCUAUAGGGGUUAUUGACUACAGCAAACAAAGGUGAUUUAAUUUUAUUUGCUUUUAAUAAAUCAGAAGACCAUGUGGAAAAUGUUCACAUCUGCCUUGUCAUCUUUUCACAGAAUGGUAAAUAUUCGUGUUUCCCAUGCAAAUACAACCGCACACAUGCAUCUAUCAUUUGGAUAUCUAUAAAAGUAUUUUACCUUGGCUUUGCAAUGAAAUACCCUGAUACAAGGAAUGGACAUUAAUAACAAAUAUUUAGUUAAUAUAUCUUGUUAUAUUAGGGAGCAAGACUCUUCUUCAUGUACAGAAGUCAUUCUAUAUUUUGAGGUGCUUAAAUUUAUUCUAUAUCGCAACAGAACCAAUUUUCAUGUGCCUAUACAAUGCCAUGAGAUUAUAAACAUAGUAGGCGAUUCAUUUCAAGGAAUACUUUUCAUUCAUCUUGACUCAUAGACCAACCAGGAUAAGACUUACCUGUAGAGUAUUGUGCUUCAUAGCCCACCUUUUAAAAUAUCCUUCUUUGUUCAUACA